UUACAUAAUAUUUUGUGAACAAGAUUUGUGUCGAGCAAACAAACUAUCGGAGAAGCGCCCUUAAAACAGUAUAAAUUGCUUCCUGAAUUUUUUUCUUAAUUGACCGAGUCAAAUACACAUCAACAUUCAUAAUUGAACAAAGAAGAUGAUGAAUCCAGUCAACUCGUGAUAAAUGAACAAAACUUCUUUCGAUUCCGGGACAUGAAGGCAAUUGUACACACUGAAAAUGUUAUACAUUACAUGAAACAGUAUUUUCUGCUUCAUCUUUUAAUAUAUUUCACGAUUAUCUCAUCAAAUACAACACAUGGACGAAUACCAAGGCUACAAGUGUAUUCAACCGAGUUUAGUAUUGAUGAAAAUUGUCCAAUCGGUACAGAAAUCGGUACAAUAAAUGCAAUCACAUCGUCGAAUUCCAUGCCUUCAUCAAUGACACAUUCAUCUACAAAUGAAUUUGGACAAAUUAUAGCGUUAACCUACACACUGGGUUCACCUUCAACAUUAUUUAGUGUAGAUGAACGUAAAGGUUUAUUGAUAACUAAAGCUGCUAUUGAUGCAGAAGCAUUAUGCUCUCACGUGACAAUUCUCAGUCCCGAUCAAAUAAAUAAUGGCGAUGAAUCAGAUUUAGAAUUGGAACCUGGUAAAUCUAAGAAUAAUCGUAGUAAAUCAAUACCAGUUGUGGAUCAGAUCAAAUGUAAUAGUUCUGGUGAUCUGACCGUUCAAUUUGAUGUUAAUGCUGUACAAAGAGAUGGAAGUCUUCGAGCAGUUCAUCACAUCAUAGUUCGUAUACAUGAUCUUAAUGACAAUGGACCAAAGUUUGAUCAGAUAAGAUGGCAUAAACGAUUGAAAGAGGCACUCUAUCGAGCAGGCAGAAGAAUUGAUCUACCAAAAGCUAGAGAUAUUGAUCUGCUUGCUGAACAUAGCAGAAUAAAUUAUCGACUUGAAUCAUGGCAUAAUGAUGGAUCCAGUUCAAUCAUUCCUUUUAAAAGUCCUUUUAAAUUGGACAUUAGUAAUUCAGGUCAACCUGGCUUAAUAUUGACUGAAGAUUUGGAUGCAGAAGUGGAAACAAGACAUAGGUUUGUUUUAGUUGCUUACAGUCCAAAUGUUAUCGAUUCAAAGAGUACAUUGAAUGGUCAGACAGUUUCUCGUGAAUCUCGCCUGGAAAUCGAUAUUGAAGUAGCUGAUAUGAAUGAUAACGAACCCAGAUUCUCAUUCACUGUAUAUAAUAUCAGUGUAGCUGAAAAUACAUCAGUUGGAACUGUCAUUUAUGAACUAGUUGCUCAUGAUCCGGACAGUACAUCCAAACUGACAUAUUCAAUGGCUUCUUCAUUAGAAUAUCAAGUGAUGUCAAAUACAUUCCAUAUUGAAGCUGAUGGACAUGUUAGAUUGCGUAGUAGUUUAGAUUAUGAGUUACGUCAUAUUUAUUCAAUACCAGUUGAAGUUACUGAUGGAGAAUUUUCUGCUCGUACUACUUUAAAUGUUCAAGUAGUAGAUGUUAAUGAUGAACCACCAGCAUUUGAAUUAAAUCCAAAGCAAUUAAUCGCUGAUGAAAAUUCUCCACCUGGAAAAUUAAUUGGACGAGUGAGAAUACGUGAUCCUGAUAGUCCUAGUGUAAAUGGACUUGUAGAAUGUUCAGAGCCACCAGGAUUGGUCCGCCGUCAGGCACUUCAUUUCUUACCCGAUCCAACUGUCAAUCCAAGUGCAGAAGUUUACGAUUUGACUACCCGGAUAGUGCUUGACAGAGAAGAUCCUGAGAAUCCUAUACCAGGUCAUCUAAUCAUAUAUUUAAUUUGUUCAGAUGGUGCUUCAAGAGCUGGUGGAAUGAUAUCACAAAACUCUGAUAAUAAAGUACGUUUAACAUCAACUAUGACAGCAACCUUAUCUAUACGAGAUGUAAAUGAUCAUAAGCCAAUUUUUGAACAGUCUAUUUAUCAUAUGUCAAUCCAAGAAAAUAAUCCUAUUGGUGAAAAAGUUGUUCAAAUUAGAGCUCAUGAUUCAGAUGAAGGAGAAAAUGCUAGAAUCACCUAUUCUCUAUUGGAUAGAGCUAACUUCAAAGUGGAUUCUUUAACAGGUUGGAUUACUCCAAAUGUUAUGUUUGAUCGUGAAACACGUGAUUCAUAUCAAGUUACAGCGAUUGCAUUAGAUCACGGAAAACCUCGAUUAUCUUCAUCGGUUUUAAUCAAUAUAACUGUAUUAGAUGUCAACGACCACAGUCCAGUCCUAGCAUCUUAUGAAGUUGAUGAAUCUCUUUUAAAAACCAAUGAUCUACCUAUGGGGCGUAUGGGUCUCAAAAAUUUAUUUAUAGUGAGAGAAAAUAUGCCAGUCAAUACAUAUAUGGGCAACAUACUAGCAUCUGAUAAAGAUGAAGGAUCGAAUGCUGAAUUGAGAUUCAUGCUAUUUCCAGAUCCAAUAUACCGCUUACACGAAAGAUUCAAACUUUUAUCUAAUGGUUCACUGUACACAAAUGCUGAGUUGGAUAGAGAGGAGAAGGAUCAUUACCGUCUUACAGUUGUUGUGAGUGAUCAGUCGCCGGAUGAACCACUAACAACAACCGGAACUAUUGGUAUUAUUGUACUGGAUGUAAAUGACAACCAACCUCAAUUUUUAAGUCCACACGGACUUUUAGUUCCCAAUAACACACAACUCAGUGAAUACAAACGAAAUAUAAAUAAAGGCGCCAUACUUUAUGAUCAACCUUCGGAAGAUCACAACCAUAAUGUAAUCAAGGGCAAUCAAAAGCGUAGUGAUCCAGAAUAUCAAAGCCUUACAUCAAGUGUAUUCAAUUCGCUCACAGAUACAAAUGUACAAUCUGUGUUUCCUGAACCAGUAGUCCGCUUAUCCGUAUACGAAAAACCUGAUCAAGUGAUAAGCAAACUGUAUGCUGAAGAUCCGGAUGCUGGGGAAAAUGGAGCUGUAUUUUAUUUACUUGAAGAAUUUUAUGAUUUAUCAGUGGAUAAGAUCAGACCAAAUCCUUUGAUUAGGGUUCAGCCAGAAACGGGUGAAUUAAUAUUACUACGUCAUAUGGCACCAAUUGAUUUAGGAUAUCACUUUUUUAAAGUAACCGCCUCUGAUCGCGGUCAUCCUCAAAUGAAAAUAGAUCAAAAGAUUCUUCCGCUACUUAUUGAAGACAAGCCGGCGUCAGGCGGUUUGGGACAAAGUUCAUUAUCAUCUAGUUAUUAUAUGAGUAAUAUAACUGGGCUUGGACUUGACGAAUGGGGUCCAAGCAGUGGCAAAAAUAUUCUAAUCAUCACUGCUUUAUCUGUUGUUUCAGGAAUUCUAGCAGCUAUACUAAUUUCAGCUGUUUUUUGUGUAACUAAACCAUGUUCACGAAACCGUCAUGGAACUAGAUGCGUCAAUGGAAGACAAGAUAGAUCAAGAAGUCGACCACCAACGUACCCGGGAGGUCCGGAUUCAAAUAACGGAAUAUUAAUGGGCGAAAAUGGGGCUUUUAUUAAUGGAACAGUCGAACCACGUGGUUAUUCACUUACUAAUGGUUCUCACCAUACUACAUUUCAUAGACCCCCUGGUCCACUUAACGGUGAUUUGUGUAUGGAUAAUUGGUUGCAUCAUGUUACAAAUAGUGAAGCAAAUUACGGAAAUAUGUCAUUUCCAUUCCGUAGCCCUUCGAAUGAUUCAGGACACGACAUUUCAAAUGACCAACAUAUUCUCAUAAAUCCUAGGCAUAAUAAUGAAACAGAAAACCAUAUGAAUUAUGUUCAAAAUGAAACACCGCAAGUUACAUAUGAAAACUUGGGACAUUGUCAACUAUAUGAUAUUCAACAUUCAUCUGAUUUAGCUUCGUCUAGUAAAUCACUUUCAUGCAGAAAUAAUGAUCAACCUAUUGCUAUACGUGUUCUCAGUCCACAAAUGAAUACCGAUGGCAUUGGUGAAAUGCAUGAUGAUCAAAUAUUUUUACCCCGAUCGAAUAAACUUUCUGGUAUAACAAUUGGUUAUUCUACUGGUUCCAUGAUUCCAACUUUGAAUAAUGCCUUAUCUGCAUUUAAUAUGAAAUUGGAUACAGUCAAUGCUUUCUGUGUUACUAGGCCGAUACCAGUAAUAUCUAAAAUUAAAUGCGAUUUCAGUGAAGAUCAAAUGGAUUCUCAGAUAACAGCGAACAGUACAGCCUUACAAGAAGAAGAUCGUAUGAAUUCAACACACUCUACAAUGAAUCUAUCGGAUACUCCUUUGGAUGACAGGUCAACUAAACACCAAGGGAAUCGUUUAAUUACAACAGUGCCUAAGUUAGGUACAUUAUAUAAUUGUAUGUCUACAAGUCACAGAUCCAAUUUAGGUGUUGAACAAAUACUAUCAUUUGAAGAGCAUGCAUCCGAUUCUGGUCGUGGUGGAAGUGAAGAAGAACUUACUGUACAAAACUCUGAUUCAUAUAAGACAGAGACAAUUAUUUCAAACAUGAACCCUGCAGAAGGUAUGAGUAUAUGGAAUGAGUCCACAAUUCAAAACAAUGCAUCACCUAACUCAAAUUUAACAAAUAAAUCCGAUGAUAUUAGUUUAAGUAAUCCAUGGUUUGAAACAGCCUACACAUCAAAGAGAUCAGAGCAUCAAAACGAAGGUUGCUUUUAUAUAUCAACACCAUGAACUGAAGGAAAAAGGAUGUUAUCGAAAACAAGUUAGAAUGGGUUUAGUUUGUUUCAGAAGUGUAUUAUAUAAGCAGUUCAUAUGUUAAGAUAAAUAUUAAUUUAUCAAUAACAAUAACACAUGAUUUUGAAAGCAUUCUACAAACAGGAAAAGAACAAGGAAGUCAAUGUUCAGUUAUAUAAAAUAAAAAUACCUAAUUCUCUAUUCCAAUAGC